CAAGAGAAACAAUCCAAGUACUAUCGUCGCUGCUGCCGCUGCCGCAUGCUUAUACCCGGCGACAGGCCUAGCCCAUCUUCUGUUGCUUCGACUUGCGGUCCAUGCUCACGCGACUCAAACAACAGCUGAACCACCUCUUCUCCUCAUCUCCAAGAUCAUUCGCAAUGGCCGGGCAUUCCGGAAAGACCUUCAUCGGAGCCAUAGACAAUGGCACGACGAGCACUCGAUUCCUCAUCUUCGACCCUGCGGGCAACCCAAUAGCCGAGCAUCAGGUCGAGUUCAAGCAGAUAUACCCACAUUCAGGCUGGCACGAACAUGACCCCCUCGAACUCGUCUCCUCGACAGCCGAGUGUAUCGACAAGGCCUGCGAAAAAUUCGAGUCAAAGGGCUACUCGCUCUCGGAUAUCAAGGCCGUCGGUAUUACCAACCAGCGCGAAACAACCUGCGUCUGGGACAAGAAAACCGGCGAACCACUAUAUAACUCAAUCGUAUGGACCGACACGCGGACGCACAACAUGGUGCACGAGUUCAAGAGGCGCGACGGCGCAGAUAAACUCCAGGGUCUUUGUGGUCUGCCGCUCUCGACGUACCCUUCGUCGACAAAAUUGCUAUGGCUCUUGAAACACGUUGAAAAGGUCAAGCAGGCGUACAAUGAAGGCAGACUGGCUUUCGGCACGGUCGACUCUUGGCUUACAUACUGUCUGAAUGGCGGUGCUGAGGCCGAUGUCUUCGUCACGGACCCGACCAAUGCUUCUCGCACGAUGUUCAUGAACAUUCACAACCUCAAAUACGACGACGAGCUCAUCUCCUUCUUCGACCUCGAUGUCAAGACGCCCAAACUCCAUCUCCCCAAGAUCGUCCCGUCCUCCGACCCCGAAGCCUACGGCAAGCUCGCAUCCACCAAACUCAAAGGCACGAAAAUCACAGGCUGUCUUGGCGACCAGUCCGCCGCGCUCGUCGGACAAUGCGGGUUUGCACCCGGCCGCGCAAAGAACACCUACGGAACCGGCUGUUUCCUGCUGUACAAUGUAGGCGAGAAGCCCGUCAUCAGCAAGCACGGUUUACUCGCGACCGUCGCGUACGAUUUCUCCUCACAGGGUCUCAAGCCCGUGUACGCGCUCGAGGGCUCUAUCGCCGUGGCCGGGUCUUCUAUACAGUUCCUUCGCGACAACUUGGGAUUCUUCCCCGAUAGUCCCCAAGUGUCGGAGCUGGCGCGCUCGGUGCCAGAUAACGGCGGACUGGUUUUCGUGACCGCGUUCAGCGGCCUGUUUGCACCGUACUGGUACGACGACGUCAAGGGCACGAUCUGGGGUAUCACCGCGUACACAAAAAAGGGCCAUAUUGCGCGCGCGACCCUCGAGGCGACGUGCUUCCAGACCAAGGCUAUCUUGGACGCCAUGGAGAAAGACGCGGGAGUCAAGCUCAAGGAGUUGGCCGUUGAUGGCGGCAUGAGUAACAGUGAUUUGUGCAUGCAGACACAAGCCGAUAUCAUCCAGAUACCCGUUGACCGGCCCAAGAUGCGCGAGACGACCGCUCUUGGCGCAGCCAUUGCCGCAGGGUUCGCCGUCAAAGUGUGGAAACAUCUUGACGAGUUGAAAGAGGUCAACUCUGAAGGACGUUUCUUUUUCAAGCCGCAGGUCGGCCAGAAGGAGAGUGAUAAGAUGUACAGGAGGUGGAGCAAGGCCGUCGAGAUGAGCAAGGGCUGGGAAGAUGAGGAAGACUACGAGGAGGAACGUAGCAAGAAGGAAGUGGGUAACUUGUAAAUGUCGUGGUGACACUGGGAAUACCCUUUUAUACUUAUCAAAGUAGGUGAAUGAAUCUCUUUGUAUCAAGACAUAUCCUUCUUGCUUUUGUGGGAGUCGUCAGCCUCGAACUCCUCUAUUCGCAUCUCCCACUCCUUUCUCAAGGAUUCCAUUUUCUUCCACACAUCUGCACCGAGUGCGAGGAAAUUGUCAACAUCCUCCUUCGUCGCAUCGA